UCCGGUCCCCCGGUGGGUGCACCCCUGUAACCGGUCCGGUCUCCUCCACAUGACUUUCAGCUCCCCUGUCCCCGGUUGUUGCCAUGGAGAUGCGGGACGUGCUGCGCUGGAACACCAGAGCUUCCGCCGUUUACGCGCUGGGAAUCUGGUCGCUGUUCGGCUCGUUCUUCUACCUGCGCUACACGGGCCGCUUCCCGGAUAAACCAGUGAAAGAAGAGGAGGUGAAGGAGGAGGAGGAGGAGAGUGAGAACAGACGCGUCAUCCAAACGGCUCACAGUAAAACCGUCAUCGUCUACAAGAAGGACUUUGUUCCUUACACGACCCGGGUCUACAACUUCCUGCAGUCGCUCACCGACGGGGCUGGAGCCGGGACCGGGUCUGGAACCGGGUCUGGACCUGGACCUGGACCUGGACCUGGACCUGGACCUGGACCUGGACCUGGACCUGGACCUGGAACCGUAGCCGGACCUGGAACCGUAGCCGGACCUGGAACCGGGGCCGGUUCAUCCGGACUUUGA